AUGACCUCGGCGACCCAAGCCAAGUCUUUCAGGGAGAUGGUCGGCGUUGCCCCCGCCACUGCCUCCCCAAGCGACAGCACGCUGGUCAUCAUCGAUGCGCAGAAUGAAUACGCCCAAGGCAACCUCAAGACCGUCAAUGUAGAGCAGACCCGCAAGGCCAUUGCUUCGCUACUCGAGAAAUACCGUGCCGCUGGAGACGGGAAAAACAUUGUCCACGUCGUCCACAAGACUCCCGAAGGCGCCCCAGUAUUCACCCCCAACACACCACUUGCCGAAGAGUUUGACGAGUUGAAAGCCCGUCCGGGCGAAAAGGUGAUUCAGAAGGAGGCCGUUUCCAGCUUUGCCGGCACAGAUCUGCAUGAGUACUUGACGAGUCUGGGGGAGAGGGGCAAGAAAACGGUCCUGACGGGUUACAUGGCACAUGUUUGUGUGAGCACCACCGCCCGGGCGGGCAAUGACUUGGGAUACAACGUCCUCUUGGCCAGUGAUGCCAUCGGAGAUCGAGAUAUCCCCGGGUUUGGUGGGGCUGAGGUCACCGAGGCAGUAUUGAAGGAGUUGAAUGACGCUUUUGGGACAGUUGUUCAUAGUGCAGAGAUCAAGUGA